UCUUUUCGUUGUGCUUGUAUCAGCGCAAAAGAUCACUCCAGACCGGAUCACUUUACUGCUUCUUCCUCCCCACGCAAUAAAGGUUCAUUGACCUUGAACUAACUAUAGCUACUGCUAUCAGCAACCAAAGCCACAACCGUCUGCCCUCAUAGCUAGAGGCGUUCGCUUUGUCUAAUUCCCUGAAGCUUUGCUUUCCUUGGUGGUAUCAUAAAUAAAUUGGAUUUCGAGAGGGAAAAUGACGUUGCUUGUUCAGAAACUUUCAAUUUUCUUUGCUCUGGCGUCUUUGGUGCAAGGAAAUGUGGUGAUCACUGAAAUUGCCGACAAGGGGACGUCACGGGAUGUUUGCAAUGGAAAGGAUUGGAUCGAGUUAUACAACAGUGGUGACGCCGCCGUCUCCUUGGACGGCUACGUGCUUCAUGACGACAAAGGAGUGGUGCAUGAAGAAGCAUUUUCGUUCCCUUUGGAUGCCAUGAUUGAGAGUCAAGAAUACCUCUUGCUCUGUGUUGAAAUGAUGUUGGAUGAAGAUAAUUCCUUGGUAGAUCCCAUGUCUCCUCAGUUUGGAAUUGGAGGAGAUGAUACCAUCACCCUGCUUCGCGCCGUUACAGAAACUACUGAAGCUGCCAAUGACACCGAGGCCGUUGUGGAAAAAGCAAGUGCUACCACUUUGGUGGUCGUUAGCACCGUGGGUCCAUUGCCAAAUACCAAUAGUCGAUUUGGAGUUUCUUACGCUCUUGAUCCCGACACAAAUCAAUUCACCUAUACACAAACCCCGACACCCGGUGCCCCCAACGUGAUUUCAGAGCUUCUGACCGAGGCCGAGUUGUUGGCCAAUAUUAGGUCAGCACUCAAGGCUCAGAAUGAUCUAGGAACCAAGUUCUUUGGGAUGGAUGACCGUGGAUACCCCGUGCUGGACGACGAAUUUCCUGCCGUGCUUGAUUUGCAGGUUUCCAUGGCAGAAGAAGAUUUCUCUGCGAUGAUGGCCAAUGCGUCUUGGGAGUUAUACAAACCCUUUUCCAAUGCCACCUUGGUGAAUCCUGAAACGGGAGUGGAAGUCUGGUCUCGUACAACUGCUGGACAAAUUCGAUCCAAAGGCCAAUCCAGUCUGUGGAUGCCACUGUGUUUGGACUCGACAGCAAUCCCAUUUCAACUCGAUUUCAGUUCCAGAGACUUGAACCAGACCUUGUUUGGCGCGGAAAAGAUUUAUUUGAGGAAUCACAUGUCUGAUUACUCCUACAUGAGGGACCAGUAUUACUAUCGAAUGCUCGCUCGGUUUGGAUUGCCACACUUGAGAGGUCGCAAGACACGGCUCUACAUUAACGGACAAUACAAGGGGUUGUACACGCUUCUUGAGGCACCGGAUCAAGACUAUGUGUUUGCCCGUAACUUUCCGACAUUUGACCCUGACAAAUACGCACUCUUCAAAGUCAAGUCAUAUGCCUUGGAUUGCGGCUCGUUCACAGAAGAGGAAUACCGCAAUGCAACAAUACGCCUGGAAGAGCUUCAGGCACAGGCCACAGAAGAUGGGAAGCUUCCUCCUUAUCUGUUUGAACGGGGAGAACACAAUCCGCCGGUGGAGGUAUUGGGCCUCUAUGAGCAAGACCAGUGCCUGGACAACUUCUUGAAUGAUCUAUGGAGGACGUGGGUGGACGUUGUGGUUGCGUACGAACAAAACGAUCGAGACUGCGGCGAAACACUGGUCAACGAAGGCCUUAUUGACUUGGAUUUGGGCACCAACAACUACAAAAACGACAUGAAGGACUUUGUCAAUCGGUUUUAUAGAGGGGAUGAACCAUGUACAGAAGAUUGCGCCAACCAAGCCAACAUCGACGAAGAAAUGGAUGUGCAACAUGCCCUGCGCGCCAUUGCCUUUUACGCCGCGCUUGUAGUGAGUGAUAGCCCCUUAAUCAGUGGCAACAACUUUUUACUGGCCGCAACUGGGGAUGACCUCGGCUGGAAGUUCUUCCCGUAUGACUUUAAUGUAGCCCGUGUUUACUUCUGUCAUGAUGACCUUUGCAAUACGAGGGCCGUCCACUGGAGCAUCGCUCGGCCAACAUGUGAAUCAUUGGAAAGUGCCCCGCUGGUGGGGCCGCUCCUUUCGAAUCCGACUUAUCAUAAACAAUACCUUGAAUACGUCAGAGAGUUCCUGGACACGGUCCUGACAAACUCGUCGCUAAUUGAAGAGAUUCAAGAUCACGCAGCAGCGAUUAGAUCCUUUGUAAGGGAAGACCCUUGGGCUCUGCUCGGGACAUACUUUUCCGACGAGCUUUCCCCGGACGCUGCAGAUUGGAGGGAAGAGGACCGACGUUUCCCUUUGCUUCCAACCAUGAAAGCCCGAGCUGAAGAUCUACGCGAACAGUUUGCUAGCAUUGAUGCAGGCACAUUCCCACGUGGCCCUCAUGUGGGUGUCUACGGAGACAAUGAACCAUGGGAACCCUGUCCCGAUUGGAGAUCCGCCGAGGCAAAUCGAACGAGCUGCGAACAGGGCUGCAUGUACGACGGCUGUCACAUUCCUGGACUAGCAGUCGAAAGCUUUUGCGACGAGGAGACAGGACUGUGUUUCCACGGCGAUUAUGAUGAACGUUGCCGUGGCAUCUACGACGAAGAAAAGUAUCCAGGAAUGGAGAACACAGAGGAUGGACGGGAAACUUUCUGCCGAUUUGCUGCUGGCGUCCCUGUAAAGGCAGCACAAUGCCCCGCCCCAGGCGCCGUGACAUUGUCCUCCAGCAACACGGGAGAGUCGAGCGCAAGCGCGUCUUUUCGUGUUUCCUUGUUGGUAGUGGUGUCAGGUUUAGCUGCAGUGACCGCCUCAUUGUGGUAGAUUUCUAAAGAGUCGAGUCAACCUGUCCAGAUCACCUUUUAAAAGAGUAAAUACAUAGAUCAUGUUACCCUGCGUUGAAGACACAUUUU